UUGGAUACAAUGAACUUUACUUGAGGCAGAAAGAUAUUGCUUUUCUUUGGCAUUACCCAUACUUUUCCUCUCCUAAUCGCAAUAAAAAAAACUAUUUCUCUGCUUUCUCGCUUCCUUGUUGGUUGCCGUUUAUCUUUGCUGCUAUUCUACUUUUAAGUUACUUGCUUCUUUGAUUUUUAUAGCCCUAGCCGUGGAAAGAGAAAAACUCGCUUAGCCUCGACCACAUAAACCAGAUGCGCCUCCGCAGGAGUCAUGUGAGGUAUAAAAUGCUAUGAAAAUAAUUUCUCGCACUUCUGGAGUCACCUAAAUUAAAAAAAUAUUGAGCCCUAAUCCCUCUUCCCCCGCCUUUCUAGCAGCUGUAAAAAGAGGAAGCAUAUAAUUUUAUUUUCUUAGGGGGAAUAUAACAAUAGAUGCGUUUUACGAAAUGUUUAACAAAAAUCAAAGUUCGUAAAUUAUUAUAAAAGAUGUUGAAACAUCGUAAAACAUUGUGGCCAAAUGAAUGAAGUAUGUUUUAUCCAAAAUGUUGGUUGAUAUUUUUUGCCGGUGUUUUGUUCGUUCGGCCGAAUCGUGUGUACCAGCAACAAUCGGAAACGGGGUAACUUUCACUUUAAGGCCUCUCUAUCGUUCAUGACCUCAAAUCCAAAGAUCAUGCUGCCAGUCGAGUUAUAAUUCUCAAUUUCCUUUAUAUUCUAUUGUAAAUCUAAAUUCGAAAUUUAAUGAAAUGUUUGCUGAAGUUUGAAUUCAGAUAACGGAUUCCCGGUUUAAUUUCAUUAAAUCAUUGGUUUUAUGCCUUUUGGCUUGUCUGAGCAAAUAGUCUUAAACAUUCCAUAUGAAUUACAGUAACUUUGGUAUACGUCUGCCUUGCUGCUCAUAAUGUUCACGAAAUUGUUUUGCAGUGUGCGUAGACAAGCAGCUCAUCAAGUUCCUCUCUACGACCAUUCUGUUCUAAGUUGAUUAAGACAGUGCGGUUUGAAGAAACAUCUUUUGCGACAGCGCAAAUACGAAGAUUGAGCUCGACCAAGCAAAUUAGCAGUAAUAAAUCGCAAAAAAAAUUAAAUUUAUCUCAAGGUUUGCUGAUAAACGUUUGCUGGAAUCACAAACGUUGAAAAUUGAAUUACAGUUGAGAAGAAUCAGGUAAAAGCCCUAGGAGCUGUUGUGGCCGGCGUUUUGGGUUGUUUUCCGCAGAUAAUCGUGUAAUGAUUAGAUAUUUUCUGUGGUUUGCAAACAUUGAUGUUAUGAUCUGGAAGUCUAAUAAAAAGAUGCUUUAAGGAAUUAUUAAAUUUCCGGGCGUUUUGUGCCAAUAAUUACCUGCAGUGUUCCUAUAGAGACGUAGGAAGCGGAAUACAUUGGAAUCGUCCAAGGUGGCUUGUUGGUUUACUGUUAGAAACAAGACGGUGGAUUAAAAUACAGUGUAUUUUAAGUGAGAUAGCAUAAGAGACAAACCACGAGCAAUGUCAAUAAAGGUCUUCGUUUUAUGCUAUGUUGCUGUCUACAACUGGAAUCCGAUAGCGUAACAGAGCUGCAGAAACGUACGGAUAUGUCGAGCACCGUACCGGGUAUUACUGCAUAGAAAAAUUAUCAUUCUUGCGAGGAAAAUGCUGACCUAAUUGUAAUCUAGAGAGUUAUCAUCAUAAAAGGUAUUGGUAAAAAGACUGUCGGCCUAGCGAAAUCAAUUUCAGUUGAUAAUUCUCUUAUGAGCUCAUCAAUAUAAAAAUCUCUUUUGGAGAUUAUUGUGAAGGAUUGUUUUUAAUGCGGGAGAUGAAGUGUGAUCCAUCUUGAAGUGAAGACCAAAGAACGUGUACUGUUUUGAGAACUGGAAAACAUCCUCUUGAACAAUAUGCCAUUGCAAUUGCUAUUUAUCUCAACUCUUAUGAUCAUGAACACUGCAAAUGCGGACAAGACGAACAAGAGUAUUGUCUUUAUAUCAAAGCUUGCUCAAUUAGAAACACAAUACAUAACAUCACCGAGAUGGCCUUUGGAGUAUCCUACAAACUGCGAUGUUCGUUACAAAAUUGUCCAAAAUCCGAAUAGAGAGUUUCAGAAUGGAUUUUACUUACAAAUAAAAUGGCUUGAAUUCGACGUGAAAGGUGAUAUGCAGAACUGCAGCGACUUUGCGCAAAUUCGCUAUGGAAAGAACGAAGAUCAGAAAUUCACGUUUUGCUCAACGCAGUCUCCUCAUACGAUCUAUGCAGUAGAUCAUGAUAUUCAUCUCCAUUUUCACUCUGACAAGGAAGAUGUGGGAUAUGGUUUUAGACUCGCUUACCAUUUAACAUCGUUCAAAGAGACAAUUGGCCCAAAGCAUUGUCGGCGCAAUAUCCAACUGACAUCACAAAAUGGUGUUUUAAGUUCCAUUGGUUGGCCUAGGCCAGUUUCUGGUUCGUGUGUUUUCGAAUUCACAUUAGAGGCAGACGAAGUUCUCCUGCUGAACAUCAUGGAUUUUUCUGUGCCGAAGUCGAAUGCAGAUUGCAGUAGAUACAAUAAUUACAUAGAAAUUCGAGGUAACAUGUCGAACAAGUCUUUCCAGGAAAGUUGCCCAUUAACAUCAUUAUCAAGUUGUGAAAACAUACGAAGAUGGAAACUGUCUUUUGAAAAGAGGCGAUUGUAUAUUUACGUCAACACAGUAGAGAUUAAAGGUGAUUACCGAGGGUUUCUAGCAGGCUACACGGUCUACAAGAAAGCAAAGAAACAAAGAAAUACGAUAAAACAAAAAGAGACAAAGUGGGUUUUCAACGCUGUGACAAUUGGAGUUAUUACUGGUGUUUUUAUAGGCAUUCUUAUAGUGCUUUUGACUGUUGCAAGUGUCAGUAUAUGCUUGAAGAGAGGUGUUAUUUAAUCAAGGCAACGUGAUCAAUCAAUUCAAUGAAUGCCCAAGACAGUGAUAGUUGACUUGAUCAACAGAUUCACUGAUUAAAACGCAAACUGUGUAAGCGUUUGUUAAAAGAGAUGGAUCGUUCAAUCAACAUAAAAUAAUUAACCGAUCAGCGUGAUCAUUCGAUCAAUGCAAAGUAAUGAACUGAUUCUGUUCUAUGAUAGAUAAAUCACAAGAAUUGAUCCAGUGACGACAGACUUUUUGUGUCUGUUAUUGUCAAAAGUAGAAAGAGAAGACCAUAGAAAUAGUGAUUUAGCACAAUGUGAGCCAGUACAUCAUCAGCUUCGAGAAGCUAGACGUCACCCCAAACUCCUGUUAUUAUCCGGGAAACCCAAAUGGCAAAGUCAGUGUAUAAGCAUUAUCACGUUAAAAUUAGAUAUCUAGAACACAGUACCCAUCCUUCCCUCCAUUUUCACGGAAUACAUUGUUGUUAUUUCCUAGAAUUUUCCAAAUAGUAUUUAAUAGUAUAAUAGUAAUGCAAUAAGGACUCGAUGGCCGCCUGUCUUUCCUCGCUGACAUUUCCAUGAUACCAUUUUAUACACGAUGGCGUCGCCACGGGAAGACACGUCCCUACAGUUCUAGAAAGAAUCGAUUUUAUAUUUUGUCUAAAUUCCUCGAGAAAUGUAGGAGAAGGUGUAACAUUUCGACAAAGUAUUAUUUGUUAUAUGAUUUUAUAACUAGCUUCAAAUAACUAAAAGUUAAUUAUGUGUUCCCUGUUGGUAAAUUUGGCUUUCCGUGUUGGUUGGUAAGCGGGUAACUUCUGCUAGUAAAUCUACCGUUCUCUUAUAUUUGUCAUCCCCAUCAAAACGCAGUGAUUUGCUAUACGUUCAUAACUUUUUAAGCCAAGCCAGAACAACAGCAGCCCGUUGGCAGACUUUCCUCACUCAAUUUGUUACAGAUUGAAAUAAUUUCGCAUAUUUAGCAGUACUUCACUGUGGCCCUUCAGGUUUUGUGACCAGUAGUAAAGUAUCAUGAAAUGGCUAUUUAUGAUGUCACACUUAGGAACUUCAUUAUUGCUGUUUCAGUAUGACUAAAAUAAAAACCAACAUUUUGUGUGAACUUAAACAUAAUUAAAAAAUCGAAAUCAUAAGCUCAUUUUAUGCUCAAAUCACGAAUUAUUAUCUUAUAAAGAUGAUCAAACAUAGAUAAUAAAUAAUUGCCUUAUAGAUUACAAAAAAUUUGAAAAAAUUCUUAAUAAAUACUCCGCAAUUGCUUCAAUUGGCGAGGAAUAUCUUGAAGUAAAGUGUCAUGUUUCAAACAGCAAUUGUUAAAGAACUUCAAUGGGAGACUAACAAAAUGGCAAAAAGAAAUUUGUAAGUAGCUAUGUUGUUUAUAAGUAAAUUUCUCAAAGGGUUUUUGCAU